GCCGCUGCGUGCGGUGGAACGAUGGAGGCCGGCUGCUCGCGCCCUCUGAGCGCGGCGCAGCCGCUGGCGGCCGCCGGCCGGAAGGGCUCGAAGCGCUCGCGGGGCCAGAAGGACUUCAUCCCCGACGGCUCGGCCGAGCAGGCGGAGAAGCUGCGCCUGUGCCAGGAGGAGCAGUGGCGGCUGCUCUCCGAGGAGCGGGUGGUGCGGCGGGGGAAUCUGGUAAAAGCUGAGUGGAAGCCAGGACAGGGCAUUGUGGAGCUGCAGUCCCCUGCGGGGAAGUUCUGGCACACCAUGGGGUUCACACAGCAUGGAAAACAGUGCCUUCUGCCCGAGGAAGCUCUAUACCUGCUGGAGUGUGGCUCUCUUCAGCUCUUUUACAGGGAUCUUCCCUUGUCCAUUGAGGAAGCCUAUGAGAUCCUCCUGUCCCAGGAGGCGAUGGACCUGCCACAUUACCAGGUGUUCAGCCACUUGAAGCAACUGGGUUAUAUUGUACUGAGAUUCGACCCCAGCACUGUGCUGUCUCCCUACGAGAGGCAAUUGAAUUUGGAAAGUCACUGCAAAAGUUCUGGGAAACACCAUUGCAAAAGGAGGAGGAGUUCCAGUCCCUGGUCACAUGAGAAGAAAUACAAGGUAUCAGAGGACCUUCCAGAGGCUGAAGGUACUUCUGAAAAAGCUGGAGGUAACUGUGGAGACCACAGCUGCCUUGCCACGGAGGAAAAGCCCUUGUCAGAACAGCCAAAGGAAUCAGAUGCUGGCAGUGGAGAGGGGGAGUCAAACUCAGUUCCUGUUGAUACAGGACAAAAGGAUUCCCUGAGCGCCUCCAGGAGCUGGGCUGGGGACCACAAAGAGAGCAGCAUUGGUACCCGUGCACCCCGCUGGGAUUUUACCACCAUUGUCUUGCCAAAUGUGGCCCCAGACCAGCCAUGCACACAUUUGCCCUCACCUGAUGACAGGCUCCUGCCAGAGAAUGUGCCGGGGAGGGAGGUUGAUGCAGCUUGCUGGUGCUCAUCCAUCAAUCAGAAGCAGGAGAAGCUGUCACGGAAGGAAAGGGAGCAGCGAGAGAGGGAGAGCAGGUACAAGAGCAGUGUCAAUGCUGACUGGGAGGUGAGGCGCUGCUCCAGCUGGCAGGAGUACAAAGCCUUUUUGGAGCAGAGGAGCCAGCAGAGAAUUUGGAAGCGACCGCGGCAUCUCUGGGACCAAGCUGUCACACCGCUUUUGCGGCCAGAUGAAGCUGCCUCACCAGCUGCGCUCCUCCAGCAGAUCAGUGUGCUGCAGCCCUCCCACAUCCUGGAUGGAGCUUCCCGGCUGCAGGAGGACCUGGAGCACAUGAAAAUCCACUUCAAUGUGUAUCAAGCAGAUGCUGUGGCCAGGUUUAAGAAGACAAACCCGGGAAAGCCCUAUGUCAGGAUGUGUAUUCAGAGCUUUGAUGAGCAGGUCCCAUCUCUCCGGGCUUUGAAGCAGGUUACGUAUCAGAGUGGGGACAUCCCAGUGGUCUUUGCACUGGUGGAUCAUGGAGAAAUUGCCUUCUAUUCACUAAAGGAAUUCAAGCUGCCAGUUGAUGUUAAUCACUAAAGUUGCUGUCACUUGCAGAAAUGGCAUGGGAUGAAAGGAAGAGCUUUACUCUGGAUUUGUUUUCUUGAUUAAUGAAAUAUUGCAGAAAAUAGAGCCUAUGAGAACUGGAACCUGGGUAGUUGACCAUUUUAUUCACAGUUAGGCUUCACCCACCCAGUUGGCUCCGGCAUAAUAGCAAAAUUUACAGUGAGCAAAUGUGUAUGGCUUAGCAGGGCAUUUCUGGACUGGAAUACACACUGCUGGUUCUCCACUUUCUCAUCUUGAGGACCACUAGUCCACUCUGUCUUCUUGCACUCACCUGUGGACUGUUAGAAAACACUUUGCUGGUGAUCCUCUUGUCACAUGUUAAGAACCACUGUGCUACACCAGUGGAAUGGUUGGAGAGUCACUUAGGUCAGUCAGGGACAGAAUAAGCUGAUCAGAUCAGCAGUGGUGGCCUGAGCCUCUGUCAUUCAGCCACACCAGCAACCAUCUGAUCAGAUCCUGAUCUGGAAAAGGCACAGCCAUAAAACUCAGCCACCUGGAAUAAAGGUUAAGGCAUUUAAGAGCAGGAAACUGUGCCCUGAACACACUUUCAUCAGCUGGAGGUCACAGAAAGCCACAGAUCCUUGAUGGUGGCACCCCAGCUUCAUGCUAGAGCAGCUCUGAGGUGUUUGGCCACCGGUAUCACCACACUACGUCCAACAGUCUCACCAGGGCUGUCCUGCUGCUGUUCCUGCACUCUCUUUCCUGGAUGUGGAUCCUUGUCUUUUGCGAGUAAGAGUCUUCCACGUAAAGAAGGAAGCUACAAAUUCCUCAGGAACCUUCCAGUCUUGUGGCUGUCAUGCUCUGAACCAAGGACAUCACUGCAUUCCUGGCCCUGCUGUGGGAGCUUCCCACCAGGAUAUCCAGGUACUGAAUUUGCUUUAGCCUCUAUGCAGAAGUGCCAGGGGCCAGACCCCACUCUGCUGAGCACAGUGUCCAGGUUUUUCACAGUGACUGGUUUAGAUGCAUUUUAUUUGUUAUUUUUUUAAUUCCUUUGUUGAGAUGGAGAGAAGGCGAAGCAAUAAAAAAACCUU